GGCGGCGUCGCGCGGCGGGGGCGGGGCAGCAGCCGCAGGCCCACGCCGUAAACAGACAAGAUGGCGGCGGCGGCGGCUCCCGGGGCCUUGGGCACUUUGCGGGCCUCCCGCGCUCGCUUGGCGGCCGCUUGCUGCGCGCGGCUGGGCCCCGGGUGGAGGCUGCCCGGCUCCUUGAGGGGCCCGCGGGUCGCGCCGGCGAUGUGGGCGCGGGGCUGGGCGCCCGCGGCCGGGGACUCGGCCCCGCGUAGGGGCUACAGCUCUGACGUGAAGACGGAGGACGAGCUGCGGGUGCGCUACCUGGAGGAGGAGAACCGAGGAAUUGUGGUGCUGGGAAUAAACAGAGCUUAUGCCAAAAAUUCAUUCAGUAAAAAUCUGGUAAAAAUGCUCUCAAAAGCUGUGGAUGCUUUAAAAUCUGAUAAGAAAGUGCGGACCAUAAUAGUCCGGAGUGAAGUCCCAGGGGUAUUCUGUGCUGGUGCUGACCUUAAGGAGAGAGUCAAAAUGAAUCCCAGUGAAGUUGGUCCUUUCGUCUCCAAAAUCAGAGCGGUGAUUAAUGAAAUUGCUAAUCUGCCGGUGCCCACAAUCGCGGCGAUCGACGGGCUUGCCCUGGGCGGUGGCCUCGAGCUGGCUCUGGCGUGCGACAUUCGCGUGGCAGCUUCCUCCGCGAAAAUGGGCUUGGUCGAGACGAAGUUGGCAAUUAUUCCUGGUGGAGGUGAAGCCUGCCUGUCUUGUUCGUGCAUAGAGCUCAGAAUUUCCUCUCAGAGAAGAGGCCUUCCUAAAAUACCAGCUGACCCAAGAGCACAGGAGACCAGCUCCCACGCUCAGAGCUGCGGGUCACCGGUGGACGACAGCUGGAAGCGUGGAAGAGAAAAAAGGGCCUUGAGGAAGGAAGCUAAUGCAGAAGCAGUGACAGUACAUAGAAGGGCUGUUAGAUUUGUUUUUAAAAAGGAUUGCUGAAAUGAAAUGUAAAUAAAAAUAGGAUAAAGUAAUCUUCCAAAAUGGAAAUCCAAGACCAAAGGAAUACAGGCUGUGAGGUUUGAUACUUGGCUUUAAUAGAAGUUAGGAAAGGAAAGAGAGGAGAGGCCAUGAUCAGAAAAGCAAAGGAAGAUAAUUUCCAGAGCCAGGAAAGAGCUGUCUUUUAUAUUAAAAGGACCCAUGGAGAUCCAGCACAAUUAAUGGAAACAAGUCGUCCGUGGGUAUGUAUUUGUGAAACUUCAGUGCUUUAAGGAUGAAGAUAAGAUUGCAAAAAAAAAAAAAAAAAAAAAUCUCCAUGUCAAACUGGCAUCAACGUUUCCAUCAGUAAUAGUGGGUGUUAUAUAUAUUGCCAACAAACUCCAAAGAUAAACGUACUUUUUUUUUAACUUAGAAUUUAGUUACAACAGCAGAAAAAAGACAUUGAGAUGCUGAGGACUAGAAAAGUUAGCUUCCCAAGUACCCUUAUUAAGAAUGUAGUUGAGUGUGUCCACCAGCAAAGCAGGAGAAUACCAAGAAGACAGACUUGGCUCAGGAAACGGAGUAGGUGACCUAACUGGGCAGCCACAGCAAAUGUAGGAAGAUGGGCUGUGAGGCAGGUCCAGACAGCAGCCAUUCCAGACUGAGGCUGGAGCACAAGGAUGGACAGUUGGGGAAUGACCUCUGUCCCCCUUUGACCCUACCGUCCCUGAAAGAAACAAUUAGAAACCUUUGGGAAAAUUCCUGUUGUGGCCUAAAUGUAAGAGGAGAGGCCUUAUUUUUAAGUAAUCAGUGGGAAGAGUGAGGCCCUUCAAUCUUAAAACUAGUAUUUUUUUUUUUCCCUUGGAGUGGCCAGGAGAUCAUGACAUUGGAUUUGUAGAGAAUUAAAUGUACCUUUAGCGUUCCUCUUGGCUUGGCAUUAAAUAAUACUUAUAUAUCGCACUGUAGAGGCUAGUUGAUUGUCAGCACGUAGAGCAAGACUGUAAUAAAGAAGGCUUGGUUGCUGUUUACUUCAAAGUAUGAACGGUCACAGUCCUGAUGUUGUUACAGGAAAAGUGUGGCAGACCCAAGGUGUACUGUGGAAGCACAGAGAAGAAGUCUGUCAUGACUCAGUGCCAGUGAGGAGGUGAGACCCAGUGCCGCUUCCGUGGGACAGGGAGCUUAACUAUACUCCGUAUACUUAAAAAUCACAGUUAGUAGAUGGGCUAAGAAUUGAGAGAGACAGUUGAAGACUGAUGAGCUAAAUUCUGAUUUUUAAAUCUAGGAAAACCUUGUAGAUAUUAUGUAAGGUUAUUAAAUCUGGAGACCUAAAGAGUUUACUAUCUUGGGCAUAGAGGUAAUUAUCAGAGGAACAAAAAACAACAGUCAGAAAUUUUUUUCUGGAUAAUGGGACUCAAGGUGGGCAGGAAGGGCGGGAACACAUAAAAUCUGUAUUAGAUUUGUUCUACAUAUGCGUAUUUUGAGAAAAUGAAGCAUUUAAAAAUAUUUCCUAAUUCAGUGUUUCACUAAUCCAGACCAAUAAUAAAGUUUUACCAAAGAGAGCUAACGAUUUAAGUAAUUACCUGAAUUAGUGUGAUAAUGACCUUAGGAGAUAAAGUAAUAUGAGAACUUUCUCUUUGCUCUUGGGUUUUUAGGAGUCAUCACUUUGGACAACAAUAGCAGUCGUAAAUUGAAUGAGUAACUCUCUUUCCCCUUACUAAACCGAACAGCUCCCCUCCCCACCCCGCUGCCAAAAACAUUUGUGCUUCUGUACUCUCAGGUGUAUGGAUAGAGUAAGUGAACUCAGCUCACUUUUAUUUUAAUAGGUUUGAAUUCCAGCCCUGAAUCCGGUAGAGUAGUAAGCGCAUGGGUGACCCAGAUAACAUCCCUCGUAGUAGACCGUGGCACUGGAGGGAGGAGGGGUCCCAGGACACUUAACAGCGUACGUAGUGUGCAUGUAGUGUGUAGUUCCUUCCGGUCGAGUUGACUGAAAAGUAAGAUCUGUUUGCAGUCCUGGUGCUCUUCAUUUUCUUUCCUGAAGAUAAAGAUACAUGGAAUUAAGGAGAAAGAACACGUGGGUUACUUCAGAACACAGCCACACUGUGCAGCAGCGUCAGCACAACCGGAGGGAGGAUGCUGGGUGCUGGGGCUGUUCACUUCCUGAGUUCCUUGUAAGUGGGAUUGGUGACUCCCAUUUAUCCUUCCCCAGGCAAAUUUCUCACGGGGGCCUUUUUCGUUUGUCGCUGUUUCCAAAAGUUGUAUUCCCUCCUCCUGGCAGAAGCAACUUCUUCUUUACAAAAUAGGCAGCUGGCCCAAAGGCCAUAGUCUGGACUCUGGACUCUGGAGCCAAGCAACUACCUAGAUCUGAAGCUUAGCUUGCCCACUAACUGAGUUACUCUGUUUUCUCAGCUUUAGCUGAAGAUAAUGGAAGUACCAGUCCACAUUAUUUUGUGAGAAUUAAGUGAGGUAACAUAUGUUAGGUAGUUGAGAACAGUGCCUAGGCCAUGCAGCUGCUUUUCAAGCUUAGCUACGGUUUGAAAUAGGGUACAAGUGGCCAUUAAAUUGACUUUCAUGUGCUGUCUUACCAUGGUGAGAGUCUGAGAGGCCAUGCUUAUGUUCACUGGAAAUAAUCCUGUCUAAUUAACUGUGUUUGAGGGGAGAACAGAGACCAUGGCAACUGGUCUAGGUCUUUGCUACUCUUAUAAAUGAUCCUCCUAUCCUCAAGUAAUCUCUCUGUGAUUAGGAAUAUAAUGCUACAUUAAAAUGUUGCUGUAGGGGCACCUGGGUGGCUCAGUGGGUUAAGCCUCUGCCUUCGGCUCAGGUCAUGAUCUCAGGGU